AGUAAUAUGUAAUAAAAUAAUUUUAAGUAAGAAUCACAUCAAUAUUUUUAUUUCUUUGGCAAAAAAUAAUGCCACUUCAUCAAAUUAAUGUCAAUCCAAAUGAUUGGCAGACAUCUCGGUCAAUCAGUUCUAUAAAUGCAUCCAAUCCAAAUUCUGUAGAACAUAUUCUGGAGUGGGCACCAAGGGAACCAGUAUAUGGUCCUAUUGUUACAGUGAUCUCAGAUCACUGUCAUUCAUCAGUGACUACAUUAUCAUCAAGUAAUCAUGAUAUUUGUCGUAUUUGCCAUUGUGAGGGUGAAGUUGGUGCUCCUCUUCUAGCCCCUUGUUACUGCAGUGGAAGUCUUCGGUAUGUGCACCAGGCUUGUCUUCGACAAUGGAUAAAGGCUUCUGAUACAAGUUCUUGUGAAUUAUGUAAAUUCACAUUUAUUAUGCAUACUAAGACAAAACCAUUCUCUGAAUGGGAAAAGUUGGAAAUGCCAGAACGUGAAGUACGUAAAUUAUGGUUUGCAGUAACUUUUUAUGUAGUUGCGGUACUUUGUGUUGCUUGGUCUUUGUAUGUAUUAGUAGAGCGAACCGUUGAAGAAGCUAGGACAGGAUUUGUCGAAUGGGGUUUCUGGAUGAAAAUUAUUAUUGUUGUAAUAGGCAGUACAGGAGGGUUAGUAUUUAUGUAUAUUCAGUGUAAAACUUAUAUUAUGCUGUGUCGACGAUGGAAAACGUUCAAUAGAGUAAUAUUCAUACAAAAUGCUCCAGAAAAAGUGGUUUUUCCAACUUCACCAACAGAGUCACUUCGUGAAGCAACUGUAUCUUUGAAAGAUGGAACUGCCUCAAUGUCAGAGCUGAAUCGCAACCUUUUAUCUCGAUCCAUUGAACCACCUUGCGCUUCCCGAACUAUCAAACCAGACAGUGAUUUGAUUUCACAGAAACACGAUACUCAACUCAAGCUCUAUGUAUUUGACAAGUUUUCUAUAUCAGAAGACAAUUUGUAACUUAUUUUUACAAUAGAGAAACAGAGAAUUCAGGAGCCUAUGAAUAAAAUAGAUGAGAAAACACGAAAGAGAACAUAAAUAUUUAAAAA